AUGAGGAGUACUUCUUCUCUCAUCGCGACGACGAAUUUGAAUUCCCGAUCGAACGUUAUUAACAAGACGAAUAAAGUUGGGGCAUCAUCAUCAGUUGGUCACGACGGCGCGAAAAGAGGCGAUCGAUUCGUUCAAAAAUCGUUCAACACCGACGACGAGAAGAGUAACGCGAGAAUUACCACCUCUUCUUCGCAACAAAAACGGUUGACGUCCCAACAGCUCGCGUUGUUUGCCGCGCACUAUCACCACCACGCCGCCAGUAACAACAAAAGACGAGGGCAAAAAACCAACUCGACCAAGGGUAAAAGCGACGCGAACGUCGUCACGUUUGCCGCGGCGAGUUCGAGCGGCAACUCGGCUUUGGUGAAUGGCAAAGGUGCGAACGCGAAGAACCUCGGGUAUUCGGUUUUGGCCGGUUUACUCUUGUGGAUCUGCCCGGCGCCGGCUGGCGUCACCGCACAGGCGUGGCAUUUGUUCGCCGUGUUCGUGGCGACGAUUGUCGGGAUCAUCACGCAACCGUUACCGUUGGGUGCAGUAGCUAUGAUUGGUCUCGGUGUAUCCAUGACGACGGGUUUGUUGCCGUUUUCUGCGGCCUUUUCCGCGUUUGCUAGUGAAAUUCCGUGGUUGAUUGCGAUUGCUUUUUUCUUGGCGAGAGGCUUUAUUAAAACCGGCUUGGGGAACCGCAUCGCGUAUUACAUCGUCUCUUUGUUCGGUGCCUCGACUUUGGGUUUGACGUAUUCCCUGGUGUUUUCCGAAGCACUUUUGGCGCCGGCGAUCCCUUCGUUGGCGGCGAGAGCCGGGGGUAUUUUCUUGCCGUUGGCGAAGGCGUUGUGCGUCGCGUGCGGUUCCGAUCCGGCGAAUAAGACCGAGAAGAAGAUGGGAAGUUACGUCAUGACAACUGUCUUCCAAACGUCCACGAUUACUUCCGGUAUGUUCAUCACUGCGAUGGCAGCUAACCCGUUGUCGGUCAACUUGGCCGCUGCGGUUACUGGUAUUACAAUUACCUGGGGUCAAUGGGCCUUGGCGGCUUCCGUCCCGGGUUUGAUUUGCUUGAUCCUCGCGCCGUUGGUGUUGUACGUUUUGUACCCGCCAGAGGUGAAAGAUUCUCCGGAAGCGCCGGCGAAAGCUAAGGAAGAGCUUGCAAAACUCGGUCCAAUGUCCGGUGACGAGAAAAUUAUGUCUUUUGCGCUUGGUUUGACCGUUUUACUUUGGGUCUUUGGCGCCUCCGUCGGCGUCGGCUCGGUUGCAGCCGCGUUGAACGGCUUGACCAUUUUGCUCGUUUCCGGGGUCAUCUCCUGGAAAGAGUGCUUGGCUGAAGGUCCGGCUUGGGAUACUUUGACCUGGUUUGCCGCGUUGAUUGCGAUGGCCUCGUACUUGCAGAAAUACGGUUUGAUCCCGUGGUUUGCGGAUUCCGUCGUUAAAGUCGUCAGUGGUAUGGGCUUGGCCUGGCAACCGGCGUUUUUGGUCGUCGUAUUGUUGUACUUUUACUCGCACUACCUCUUCGCAUCUGGUGCGGCGCACAUUGGAGCAAUGUAUACGGCGUUUUUGUCCGUCUUGAUUGCCUGCGGCGCACCGCCGUUGGUUUCUGCCAUCAUUUUGGGUAUCUUCUCCAACAUUAUGGGAUGCACCACGCACUACGGCAUCGGCUCGGCGCCGCCGUUUUUUGGCGCCGGGUACGUUCCCUUGGGUACCUGGUGGAAGAUCGGCUUUGGCAUGUCCAUCAUGUACAUCACCAUCUUCUUGGGUGUCGGAUUUCCAUGGUUUAAGAUUAUCGGUUUGAUGUAA